CUUCUGCCCUAACUCCCAAGCUCACCUUCACUUCACUUAGCUUCAUCCUCCCUCAUUUCCCCUUUCUGCAAUCUUUCCAGGAAAGCCGGCUAUGGGUAUUUACGGGCACAUUACAGUAGCCGCGGGACUCGUCAUCCUUGCUGUGUUUACGGAGAGAGCAAAUGGCUACGGAAGAGGCGGUGGAUGGUCCAAUGCUCAUGCCACCUUCUAUGGCGGCAGUGAUGCCUCCGGGACUAUGGGCGGGGCUUGUGGCUACGGGAACCUGUAUAGCCAGGGGUUCGGUUCCAACACUGCAGCUCUGAGCACCGCGUUGUUCAACAGCGGCACGAGCUGUGGGGCGUGCUUCGAGAUCCAGUGCAAGAACGAUGGUCAGUGGUGUUUACCAGGAUCCAUAAUAAUCACCGCCACGAACUUCUGCCCCCCGAACUAUGCUCUGUCCAACAAUGCUGGGGGAUGGUGCAACCCUCCUCUGGAACACUUCGAUCUCUCCCAGCCCGUCUUUCAGCGGAUAGCCAAGUAUAAGGCCGGCAUCGUCCCUGUUCAGUACAGAAGGGUUGCCUGCCAGAGGAGCGGAGGGAUGAGAUUCACGAUCAACGGGCACUCCUACUUCAACCUCGUGCUUGUGUCGAAUGUUGGGGGGGCUGGAAAUGUGGUGUCCGUGUCGAUAAAGGGCUCCAAGACCAACGGGUGGCAGGCGAUGUCCCGGAACUGGGGCCAAAACUGGCAGAACAACGCCUACCUCAACGGCCAGUCCCUCUCCUUCAAGGUUACCACCGGCGAUGGUAGGACUGUGGUCUCCGAAAACAUCGUGCCGCCCAAUUGGUCCUUUGGACAGACCUUCACCGGAGGCCAGUUCAAUUAGCCGCUGACCCCGCGAGGACCAACCUAACCCAAUUGAAGCUAACCCUCUCAUUAUUGCAAAAUUACCAGAUUGGGUUUUUGCCUCUUGAUCUAUUAUAUAAUUAAGAAGCACUAACAUAUAUACUAAUCAUAAAGUUGUCUUCGUUUUGGGCUUUUUUUACGGCCCAAAAUUGUUUGACCUUAGGUCCAAGAGGCCCAAUUGCAGAUAGCAGGAAGGCCUCUUUGAUGAUAAAUAUAAUAGAAAAAGUUUGUUUGUUUGGUUCCCCCCCCCCUUUAGUAAGUGUUGUGUUUGGCUGAGGUGAACGGGGUAUUGUCACCCGCCCAAAGAAGAUGCUUCUGAUUAAGGGUUUAGAAGCAUUAUUCGAACAAUGCAAGAUCUUAUGUUCUUUCUUUCUUUCUGUUUUGUUGACGAAAUGCGUCGAAAAGUUGUGAGGUCGUUAACUUUGUAAAAGCUUAUCAAGUGAUUAUGAUUAUUGAGUGGAGGUGUAAGUUUGAACUGGGAAAGAGAGACGCGUUUAAGAUGUAUACUGAUGUACUUUGAUGGUUAUGAGUAAUGAGUAAACUACUUUGAUUGCCUUA